AUGUCUGUGCUUUUAAGCCGGCUACGGAAGCUCUACCUUGGGAAACCUGAUUUGGUGAGAAGAUCAUCUCUUCAUCUUCUCUCUAAUGGCUUCUCUUCUUCCCCUCCUUGCUGGAUCAUCUACGCUAAAUCCUGUGGAGAGGAUCUCGGGAAACUCGUGAUUUUGAAUGCUAAUGGAACUGGCUGCACUGAAACGGAAAAGAAGGUGCCUCUCGAGAUUGUUAGUUAUGAGGAGAGGAUAACGAUCGGGGCAGCUCAUGGUUGGAUAGCUACUCUCAAGGACAACGGGAUACUGCGUCUCCAAGACGAUCUCAACCCUUAUGCGUCCGAUACAGACCCGAAACGCAUCCCUCUGCCUCCUCUUGUGACUCUGCCUCAUUGCCAAACCAAAAUGGUCACCAACGUGUCAAUGUCCUCUUCUUCUCCAGAGGAUGAAGACUGUGUCGUGGCUGUCAAGUUCUUGGGACCGCAGCUCAGCUUUUGCAGACCCGCUAACAAACCGAAGUGGACCAACAUCAAGAUCGAGAACCCCUGCUUCUACUCCUCCCGAGUCAUGUUCUCCAAGAAACAUGAGAUGCUUCGCAUUCUCGGAGCUGGAGGAUACAUCAUCGGGUCAUGGGAUCUCCGCACAAAAAAGAACAAACCCAAGUUUCAGAAGUUGAGGUUUCAAAACCUUCCCGAGCUGACCAAGACCAAACGGGAUCUUUUGCAUUCGUGUUGCACCAGCGACCACUUGGUCGAGUCAACAUCCACCGGUGAGACUUUCUUGGUUAAGUUUUACAGGAGGGCCACUUCUAGUGGUGCGGUGUAUAUGAGAACGAGAGCUGUAAUGGUGUUCAAGCUAGACGAUGAAGGAAACGCGGUAUACACUCAAGACAUUGGAGAUCUCUGCAUCUUCAUCUCAAUGUCUGAACCUUUCUGUGUCCCUGCUAGCUCCUUCCCUGGCAUGCCCUCUAACAGCGUCGAAUACUUGGAUGUCGACGAAUACGCAUUUAUCAAUCUGAAAUGGCACAUCGUUAGUAAAAAUGUUAGGUGGACGGCGCCUUACUAUAUUCCACCUCAAAAUAUGGACUAG